AUGUACAAAAGAGAAAGUUGGCUCAAGAAGUGUGUACAGUUUACUCAAACCUUCGGCAACCACAAGCAGGCGUGGACAUGUAGUGCAUCAGUAGUAGUGGAGUAUCGCUAUGGAGCCGUUCUACUCGCUGUUGUGUUUCGUGGGACUCUCGAGUGCUUGUUCAAGCAGUGGAGAUUUGGACAUUGUUGGGAUGCUGCCACCAGAGAUAGCCGUGAUGAUUCUCAGGUUGCUACUGCAUCCAUCAACCGCCAUCGAUGCUGUGGUACUGGUGACACACCCAUAGCAUCGGCUCCUACAGAGGAGUAUAUCAGCAUCACAAUGAUUGACACUGUUGGAGCUUCUUUCAUGGAAGCUGGACGGCCCGUCGCUGUUGGCGGCAAGUGAAGUCAACGCCAGCUGGUUGAGUCUCGUCCAGUCGGACUCGUUGCUGGCACGCAGGCUGAGGAGACAGAAGAAGAUCGUGCGGGGUCAGCGCGAGGCCCGGGUGUUCGCUGCCGGCUACCUGCCGUUGAGGACGCCGCACUCUAUACCGAAACCGUUCGCAGACCGCAACGGACGCUUCGCCGUCACCAAACCCGACAAUGGUGGUGCGCAGCUGCUAGCUGAGCCUCUAGGGGUCAACAAAGCCGUCAAGAGGAAGAGCACCAGCAGCCUGCAGUCGGCGAAGCAGAGGUUUGCAGCGGAUCGUCGUGUUAUGACACCGAACGUGAUGGAACAACUUGUGAAGAAAGCGAUGAGAU